AUGUUUCAACAAGCCGCCCGCUCGGCACCCAGUUUCCUCCAGAGACUGGCAAAGAGUCCCAUGUCCCCUCCAGUCGAGGUGCUCCCCAUUCUGAUCCUGCCAGUCGGCAUGCUCUCCUUCGCCGCAUACACCGGCUCACGAGAAUUCAGAUACGACCGGAACUUGAGAUUGAAGAGGACAAAUGUCGCCGCUAUGAAUGCUCACUAG